AUGCUACCGCUACGGAUAUUCGGCCCUGGGUUUUUGGUUGGGUUACUGUGCUUGAUCCACCUCAUCACCUCAAAAAUAGUCAUCGACGAUGAGAAGGACCUCAAAGACCCCAGCCGGAAUAACCCCUAUUAUGACAAGAAGGAGGGCGUCACCAAGAUCAACAUCACCGAUAACUCGGCCGUCGAGCUGAAGAAGCACUGGGUCGACCAAGCGUUUUCCGGGCUUAUGGCAGCCGUGGUUCAGCAAAAAACAACCAAACUGAAGAAGAAGUACCAGGAGAUUGUUCAUAAAUGUAGUAAAAAGGCACACUCAGUGGAAGCGCACGCAAAAUGUGUGAUGAAGGCCAUAAAAUUGUUGAAGAAUCCGAGGCAUCACGAUCGAACGACUACUACAACGACAACGACUACAACCACUACUACCACCACCACAAUACCACCCACAACCCCCGCAAAAUCGAUCCUCCGUAGCCUAAAAAUGAGCCGCAAGAACAAGCGGCACCGGAAGCGAGUUUUGGACCGGCUGAACUCGUUGGAGAAGUUUGGAUUGAAACGCGCCAAAGUUCUGAAGUACAAACGCAGAAGGAUGAAGCGUCACAUCAAACAGCAGGCCAGCUACACCCUGCCGCACGAGUUGGACAAGUCCCCCUUUGGUGUAGUAGCCACCCACAUUACCAAUACCUUACGCAAGCUCAAAGGCGACAACACGGAACCGAGAAGUUGGCGCUCCAUCGUGGCGGAUGUCGAGAUCAAGGGCAAGGAGAUCAAGAUGAGGCGAAAAGUUCUCUCUGACAUGAUGUCCGAGGGCGUUGAUGAUGCCAUUACCGAGACGAUUGGGCGUGUAGCGCGUGGACAUUCGAAAUAUGAGAUCCGCCAGCAUGACAUUGUCCUCUCCCCAAUCGUCAAUACAAAUUUGAUUCUGAAUCCCGCAGCCGCUUCUCAACCCAUCAUUCUAUCACCGGUGCUCUUCUCAUCCCUCAUCCUGUCCCCAGGAAUCUUCGGACCCAUCGUCCUUUCCCCAUGGCUUUUCGUGGCCGGAAUUUUGUCGCCUAGGGUGUUCUCGCCGGUCAUCCUGACACCGUUCGGCUUUGUGCCCAUCAUUCUAACGCCAUUCGUGUUCGAUCCGAUCAUUCUUGGGCCCGGGAUGUUCAACCCGAUCGUGUUGUCGCCCCUUCUUGGAUCACCAUUUAUUCUAUCACCACAGGUCUGCACCCCGGUCAUCCUGUCGCCAAUUCUCCUCUCCCCAUUCAUCCUCACCCCCAACGCCCAAGGCGAC